AUUCACAAUGGUAAGAUCUGCAUCCAUAUCUAACAGUGUUGAUCAAAGGGCAACAGAUGGGGCAUACGCAUCCUUUCUCGAUACCAUCUGAUGAAUACGCGGAUGGAUAUCAUCUUUUUCAAACACAUCACAAUCGUCCAUCCUUGACAAUUUGUUGGGCACCUGCCGGGGGGUCAGCUGAAAUGGGAUGGAUCGACCAAAGACUUCAUUUGGUUCGAUGACGCUGAACAUUACCCUUCUUCCCACGAUACUUGCCUUUGACUUUGUUGCCUUUAUUGAUUCAACCUGGAAGCAAGAUUGAUGAAUAUCGUUGUACUGACGAACGGAUUUUUUUCUUUAGGCAAAGAAGGACGUUGCUGCUAAGCCAAGCUCCUCUUCUGGAGGAAAGAAGGCCAAGAAGAAGUGGUCCGCUAAGAAGGUCAAGGACAAGUCCAACAACAUGGUUGUUCUCGACAAGCCCACCUACGAGCGUCUUUUCAAGGAAGUCCCCACCUACAAGCUCAUUUCCCAAUCUGUCUUGGUGGAUCGUCUUCGUUUGAACGGUUCUCUUGCCCGUAUCGCUAUCCGCGAACUCGAGUCCCAGGGUCUCAUCAAGCCCAUCUCCCGUCACCACGCUCAGAUCAUCUACACUCGUGCCACUGGUGAUGAGAAGAAGACCAAGGCUGGUGCCGAAUCCGAUGACGAAUAAAUCUUGACAAUUCACAGUUUAUCUUUGUCAAAAUAAAAAAUAUUCGCUUGUCACAUCAUGUA